AUGCACAAUGAAUGUGAUAUCCGAGAUAUCACCAUGUCUGAAGUAAUACAACAAAACAAGGAAAAAUCUGUUCCUCGAUGUGACACGCACGACAAAAAGUUGAGUUUGUUUUGUGAAAGCCACAGGCUUCUGGGAUGCAACAUAUGUAUAAUAAAAGAGCACAGGCUUUGUGAAAAAGUAAAAACAGCGACAGAAUAUUACAAUGAACUAAAAGCAGCAACGCGAUUUGCAGUCAUCCAAGUGGCAUUGAAAGAAGGGGAAAAAGCCAUGGAAUUAUUAAUCAAGGAAUUUGACGAACAGCUGAAAACUAUGGUACAUAACCAAGAAACUUUUGAACAGAGCGUUGAAGAUACACGCGAAAGAGUCGGUAGACGCCUAGAUAAACUUCAAAAGGCCGUCACAGACGAGUUGGCCAGGCUGUUUAAUGAAGAAAAGAGGAAUAUCGAGACCACAUCACGGCAGUGUGAACGUCUGCUGAAGAGUAUGCUUAAUACUAUGAAAUCGUCCAACAAAGCUGUAAAAGAAAACGACAACAUUGAGACGAUAGUGCUGUAUCAGAGAGGACGGGCAGAAGUAGAGUCGUUUAAAGCCUUGUUCACAGAGAUAAGCAAGUCCUUCACGUCCGUCAGUAUGAAACAUGAAAUCGUUCCAGACCUCGUAGAUAACGCUUUUGGAAAGGUUGUUAUUGAGAAGCAGACUUAUUCUCUCAUGUUGGGACGUCGCGCGAAACGUUUUGAAAAAGUCUACAUACAGACGCCGUCGGAUUCAGUAGUUAGUAAUGCGCGUGGUGUGCUGUUUCUUCAGGAUGACCAAAUACUGAUAAGUGAGAGCAACAACAAAAAGCUGAAACUGUUUACUGACAACGGACAGUUCCUGGAUGAGUUGGUAGUGGAAGGAGAUCCCUGUGAUGUGUGUCUGGUGGACAACCACACAGUGGCUGCCUCUGUCUACAGUCCUGGUGGUGUACACAUCGUGAAAGUCGAGGACUCAAAACUUUUACUGUCGUCUGAGAUCAACAUGCCAAUCGGAAAACACUGCUAUGGCAUAACACACACAAACGGGACGUAG